UUACAGUUGGGUUAGAGAUAGGGUUAGAGUUGGGGUUAGAGUUGGAUUAGUGUAAGGGUUAGCGUUACAGUUGGAUUAAGGUUAGGGUUAGGGUUACAGUUGGAUUAGGGUUAACGUUAGGGUUAGGAUUGGGUUAGGUUUAGGGUUAGUGUUAGGGUUACAGUUGGGUUAGGGUUAGGGUUAGGUUAACAGUUGGGUUAGGUUCAGGGUUAGGAUUACAGUCAGGUUAGGGUUAGAGUUACAGUUGGGUUAGGUUUAAGGUUACAGUUGGUUUAGGGUUAGGGUUAGGGUUACAGUCGGGUUGGGGUUAGUGUCAGGGUUAGUGUUACAGUUCGGUUAAUGUAAGGGUUAGUGUUACAGUGUUAGGGUUAAAGUUACAGUUGGGUUAGGGUUAAGGUUAGGGCAACAGUUGGGUUAGGUUUAGGGUCAGGGUUACAGUCAGAUUAGGGUUAGGGUUACAGUUGGGUUAGGUUUAGGUUUAAGAUUAGAGUUAGGGCCUAGGGUUAGGAUUACAGUUGGGUUGGGGUUUGGGUUAGGGUUUGGGUUACAGUUUGUUUAGGGUUAGGGUCAAGAUUACAGGUGGGUUAGAGUUAGGGUUACCCUUGGGUUAAUGUAAGAGUUAGAGUUACAGUUGUGUUAGGGUUAGGGUUACAGUUGGGUUCGGUUUAGGGUUAGGAUUACUGUCAGGUUAGGGUUCAGGUUACAGUUGGAUUAGAGUUAGGGUUGGGCCUAAUUGUGCUGGGGGACUUUAACCUCCAUGUCGAGGCUACCUUGUCAGGAGGAGCUCAGCGCUUCAUGGCCGCCAUGACAACCAUGAGGCUGUCCCAAAUUAUAUCUGGGCCCAUUCAUAUGGCUCGACAUGCAUUGGGCUUGGUUUUCAAUGCAGCUAGGGAUGACGGUGUCGGUGUGGAAGAACUCUCCAUCAUUCCAUUGUCAUGGACCAACCACCACCUGAACAGGUUUAGACUCACAGCGACUGACAGGUGAAAGUUUAUUUGGAAAGCCAUUGUGUUUUUCUGGCUCUAGUUCAUUCUACAUCCAUGUGCUUCCUUCUGAGUAAUUAAUAUUAAGCCAUAACAUGUAGGACAUAGUUGUAGGCAUAGGAUAAAUUAGAGAAAAUGGAGAACAUAAAAUGGGAGCACAAAGGAUCACUUUGUUCAAUGACUUUUGAAACAGGAAAUAAAUGAAUUCCAAAGGUGAAAACUCUAUACUUGUUCAGAGGCAAUUAGUCUCCAACCCGUUAUUGAAAACAAAAAUCAGGUCUUUUCUCAAAAGGAAGACAUUUUGGAAAAGACAUUAUUUCAUUCUGUUAUUAGCAGUAUUUGGACCACUUUAGCUUGGCAACCCUUACAACAUCUUGAGUUAGGUCACCUCUCUCUGACUCCAGACAAGCUGAGAGGGCAAAUCAGUGAGAAAGGGGAAGACUAUAGUUAUGGGCUUGGGGGUCAUGUUUCCUUUUAGCAAACAUGCAAACCCUCUUUUUUCUCCCUGCCUGACUGAUCUGACCACAGAUUAAGAAACAGGACUUUUGCUGACGUAGAAAGAUAUCACUUCCUCUACUUCCUUGCCUUUUACUAACAUCCCUCUACUGUAGCAGACCGAGACUCUUUUGCUUGUCAAAAUUCUAUCCUGUUGUAUCCAGGGAUUUGUAGUUUGGUGGGGAGUGUUUAAUUAUCUGAUGGAAAGCUCUAGUGCUGAUUCUAUUUUUCAUUUCAUUUCUGAGCUUCCCUUGAGCAUCUUGCCAGCUGUUCUGGAGAAGAUAGUGCAGAAUCCCCUGGUGUUUUCAGCAUUGUUUCUUCCUUCUAUUCUCAAAAUAAAAAAGAGGAAAUAUCCUAACCACAACAGCAGGAGAUCAAGAUUUUUUAAGUGCUUCUUUUCCUACACCAUUUCUAAAGAAAGUUAAGUUACUCAGCUUUUGCAUCUGAUAUAUUGGAUCUGAUUCUUGAACUACAAAAUCAUUCAGACUACAUUCAACACUGUGGACCACUGAAACUGCCCUCAAACAUGGACAGCAGAACCAUGAGACUGGUGAAGAUGUUUUCUCUUCUGAGUUGGGUGUUAAUUCCAGGUUACUGGGCUCUCAGUGGUCCAAAUGAAGUCCAUGGUGAUGUAGGAGCAUCACUCUCAGUAAAAUGCUGUUAUGACAAAGACUAUGAAAAUCAGUCUAAGUAUUGGUGCAAAUUCAAAACAUUUUUAAAAGUCUUCAGUGAACUCUAUUGUGCUGUAUUAAUAAGAUCUGAAUUGGACAAAAAAGUGGAGGAUAGCAGAAUCUCGAUCCAAGACAGUAAAAAAACCCUAUGUUUUAAAGUGAAUAUGAACAACCUGACAUUAAAAGAUGCUGGACUUUAUCAGUGUGGUAUAACACACAGGAUUUUUCCUGAUUCCACACAUAAUAUUAAAGUGAUUAUCUACCAAGAUCCAGAAGAAGAGUCAACAAUCACUGAGCAACCAGAAAAGAUAUCAAACACUGAACAAGAUGAAAGGCUGUCAUCUACUAAAACAUCAGACCCUGGGCGCAUUGCAGAGGACACAGAUGAAUCCAGUUCCAGCCCUAUUCCCACAGAGUGAGUUUUUUUUUCUUCUCUUCUUUUAAAAAGAUAAUAAAAUGCUGCCACUCCUCUCUGCAUAAAGCUACUAAUUACACUAUGUAACAAAAUUUGAAAAAUGUUUUGUUCCUGGUUUGAAAGUGUUAUUCCCAUUUAAUUGUGUGGUACUUACUUUGAAAGUA